AUGUCUACAACGACCGGCGCGUUUAUUGCCGGAGGUAUCGCAGCAUGCGGCGCAGUCACCGUUACACACAGCUUUGAGACAGUAAAGAUUCGUCUACAAUUACAAGGAGAGUUGCAGGCGAAGUCAGAGGCGGUCAAGAAAUACAAGGGUGUCCUCCAUGGCGUGAAGGUCAUUCUGCAGAACGAGGGCCCGCGAGGUCUGUUCCGGGGAAUUGGCUCGGCGUAUAUAUAUCAAGUUCUUCUCAACGGUUGCCGUCUCGGUUUCUACGAGCCUAUUCGUGGCGGGCUCACGACCGCUGUCUAUAAAGACCCGCAAGUCCAAUCCCUCGGUGUUAAUGUUUUUGCCGGUGCCUCAUCCGGAAUCAUUGGAGCUGCCGCAGGCUCACCGUUCUUCCUCGUCAAAACCCGUCUUCAGUCAUUCUCACCUUUCCUCCCCGUCGGCACACAACAUCAGUACCGGAACUCGUUCGAUGGUCUGCGGAAGAUCUACACUUCAGAAGGAGUUGGUGGGCUAUACCGUGGAGUAGGAGCAGCCAUGGUGCGAACUGGGUUUGGUAGCUCUGUCCAACUACCUACAUACUUUUUUGCGAAGAGACGCUUGAUUAAGCACCUCGGCAUGGAGGAUGGCCCAGCACUCCACUUGGCCAGUAGCACAGCAUCCGGUUUUGUUGUUUGCUGCGUCAUGCAUCCUCCUGAUACCAUUAUGUCUAGAAUGUACAACCAAACCGGUAACCUUUACCAAGGCGUGUUUGACUGCCUGUCGAAGACGAUUAGAACGGAAGGAAUCCUUGCUAUUUACAAGGGCUACUUUGCUCAUCUGGCUCGUAUCCUACCUCACACCAUCUUGACUCUCAGUCUGGCCGAGCAAACCAAUAAGUUAAUGCGCAGGGCCGAGGACAGGUUCCUCUCAGAUUCCCUCAAGGAAAAUCUUUAA